AUGUCCGGCGUGGUGCGGACCCUCAGCCGCUGCCUGCUGCCGGCCGAGGCCGGCGGGGCCCGCGAGCGCAGGGCGGGCGGCGGCGGGGCCCGCGACGCGGAGCGCGAGGCGCGGCGGCGCAGCCGGGACAUCGACGCGGGGCUGGCCCGGGAGCGGCGUGCCGUGCGGCGCCUGGUCAAGAUCCUGCUGCUGGGCGCGGGCGAGAGCGGCAAGUCCACCUUCCUCAAGCAGAUGCGCAUCAUCCACGGCCGCGAGUUCGACCAGAAGGCGCUGCUCGAGUUCCGCGACACCAUCUUCGACAACAUCCUCAAGGGUUCAAGGGUUCUUGUCGAUGCCCGAGACAAGCUUGGCAUUCCAUGGCAGUAUUCAGAAAAUGAGAAGCACGGCAUGUUCCUCCUGGCCUUUGAGAACAAAGCGGGGCUGCCGGUGGAACCCGCCACCUUCCAGCUCUACGUCCCCGCUCUGAGCGCUCUCUGGAGGGACUCCGGCAUCAGGGAGGCUUUCAGCCGGAGGAGUGAGUUCCAGCUGGGUGAAUCGGUGAAGUACUUUCUGGAUAACUUGGACCGGAUCGGCCAGCUGAAUUACUUUCCCAGUAAGCAGGACAUCCUGCUGGCACGGAAAGCCACCAAGGGCAUUGUGGAACAUGACUUCGUUAUUAAAAAAAUCCCCUUUAAGAUGGUGGACGUGGGUGGCCAGAGGUCUCAGCGCCAGAAGUGGUUCCAGUGCUUCGACGGAAUCACAUCGAUCCUGUUCAUGGUGUCCUCCAGUGAGUACGACCAGGUGCUCAUGGAGGACAGGCGCACCAACCGGCUGGUGGAGUCCAUGAACAUCUUUGAGACGAUCGUCAACAACAAGCUGUUCUUCAACGUGUCCAUCAUCCUGUUCCUCAACAAGAUGGACCUCCUGGUGGAGAAGGUCAAGACCGUCAGCAUCAAGAAGCACUUCCCAGACUUCAAAGGUGACCCCCACAGGCUGGAGGACGUCCAGCGCUACUUGGUCCAGUGUUUCGACCGCAAGAGACGGAAUCGCAGCAAGCCACUGUUCCACCAUUUCACCACCGCCAUCGACACGGAGAACAUCCGCUUCGUGUUUCAUGCUGUGAAGGACACCAUCCUGCAGGAGAAUCUGAAGGACAUCAUGCUGCAGUGAGAGAGGGCGCCCCUCACUGUUGCCCAUAGCAGCCUCAGUGGCUGCUGCUUAGACCUCUUGGGCCUGGAGUGGGCUUCUCGGAUCCGUGCCCCCAGCGCCCAGCUCAGGGGUACCGCCGCGCCGGCCACACCGCCACGCCCCAGGCCCGGGGACAUGGACACCUGGAUGUGAGCUACUGAACCCGGGGCGUAGUCAAACUACUGAGAAUCCAAGGGGUCACUUUGGUAUUAAUUCGUAAUACCUAGUAGCACAGCCUUCUCUCUCUUUACAGAACUGUAUUCCUUCUCUGACACAGUUUAAUCGAGGAUCCUGUGCGUGUGGCAGGUGUGUGCACACACACACGCACUCUGUAAUGACAACACAAACCAGCGGGCCUUGCAGAUGGCUUUUUCCUCUAACUUGCGAGUCUUCCGUUGAGACAGAUGAACCUGAGAGCUUAGCCUAACGGUGGUUUGCGGGAGGUCAGGUGUCUCCGCGCCACCUCCAAAGCAAGCACGUUGCCUUGUAAAACCCUAGUGCCAAUUUCUUGAGAGACCCUGGUCCAGGCACACUGGCUGAGGCCAGGGGCCCCUAGCUUUAGAGGGUGGGAACGGGAGUGGGUUUGCCUUAAUGCCCUACAGCCAGCACACUGGCAGUGGGUGCACUCGGUGCCUGUUACACGCACCUGCCCUCCCUCCCCACCAGCCUUCGGGUGGCUGCUGUGUCCUGUACAUCCUCUUCCGACACCUACACUUGGCUGCAUCCGCACUCCCUUCUUUUGGAAGGUAGCAGAGUGCUUCCUCUUCCUCUCGGGGCUUCUGAAAACUGGCAGGAUUCCUAGUAGAGCCUUGGUGAAUGCCACAACUGACUUUUCAGAAAGCCCAGACUCUCAGAGCUUCUGUACACUGCCACCACCCCGAUGCCUUUGGACAGCCGGUCCCUGCUCUCGGCUCUGCUCCAAGUCUUGAUUCUUCCCAGGGUCUCUUGCUUCCAUUAAUGCACACGCAUCACAGGCAAACACUACCCGACACAUCUGUUGUCCGGGAGAAGCUGCCCAAGCCUGUGGGUGUGGACGUGGGCAGACGAGUCUCCCUUCCGUGCACUUGCCCACUUACCUUCAUGCGGGGUCUCCCCGGCUGUCAGAUACACUGCAUCCUAAGCUGGCCCCGCUGUGCAUUCGUCUCCUAGGAAGGUCUAUCCCGUGUGGUGGAAUUUCCCCCAGCAUUUAAAAGAGAACCAAAAAAAAAGCUUCCUCCAGCCGGCCUCAGAGCGUGACUGUGGCCGAGUAACGCGUGUCCCAAGGCCACCCUGUCCCGAUCUUGUGUCCCUUCCACGUCUUCCUCCUGGCUCCUUUCCGGCGAGCAAGAUAAACAUUCAUCUUGUGGCAGAUGCUGACCCACAAGGGAAGGGAGCACAGCCUGCCCCUGAGUCAUCUUGUUAUCAGUGUUCCUAAUGAGGAGACAACAUGAAAUUCUCUUUUGCUCUUGGUGCUCAAGGCUUUGUGUCCAUGUUUGUUGGGGUUUUGGUUUUCUUGGCUGGGAAAAAAACGUUGCUGUUUUUGUACUGCUUCCUGGGGCUCCUCAUAAACCAGAGGAUGUGACCCAGGGUCAGUGCCAAUGACCAUGGCUUAAAGAAAAAGGAGCACCCCUGGUGGGCUCCCUGGGGGCAGUCUGGGGUCCUUUCUCGCGGCUGCAGGGGCCCACAGCCUGCUGCAUGGGGUGGUGGCCCUUCUUGCGAGUCAUGGCCGGGGCCUCAAGCUGCUGCUUACCAGCGGGAGCGCUACCACCCAAGCCCAGGCCGCUGGCCAUGCUGCUCGGGGCAUCUUGGGCCAGGCUUAGCUGGCUGCUCAGCUGGCUGCGUCCACACUGCUCCAGCCUCUCUAACCCACGGAGUGGGAGCACACAAGGGGAAGGGCUGGGGCUGCACACUGAGCUGCCCAGAGAGCGGGGCAGGCACCACCUGGGUCCACAACUGGCUUCCCGGACCGGGCAGAGGGGAAGGUCUGUAAAGGCCCCAGCUCAGAGCCCUUCUGGGCUUCUUUGGGAUGGGGAAAGAAAACUAUUUGCAAGGCUCAACUAAAACCAUUCACAGCUUUCCCACACAUAGACUGUAGUUGUUUUUGUCUCCAAAACUUUUGGCUUUUUGUAUUUUUUAAUUUUAAUUUCACUGUUAUCCUUGAUUAUUUGUCUUUUUUAUUGAGUUGUUGGAGAAGCAGGAGCUAGUCGUGCCUCAUCUAUUAUUGCAAAAUGUAACAAUAAACUUCCUCAAAAUAAGA